AUGGACAAGAAAUCGUCUGAAUAUACAAGCAGCAAAAUACUAAAGGAGAAUAAAACACAGCAAGGUUCCCAAGCCCAAGGCCCACAGCAGACUCACACCUGUUUGAACUGUGUAGAUGAAGAGCACCUGCUGGGACAGAAGAUGCUGGAGAAUGUGGAGGAUCAGUUGUGUAAAGCGAGCGGCUGGGCAGAAUGGCCUCCAGAGCGCUCCAGCUCCACAGCUGAGUCUGUGUUUUGGACCUUCUCGGACUUCCUCAGAUGCCAGUCCUUCUCUGCUGUCCUUCGUCUCAGAGAGACUGCUCAUGGAGCCAGGCUUCUGCCACCUGCUUGCACUUCUUCAGGCUCAUCACUUCCCAGGGCAAAGGUGAAGCUGGAGGAAAUAGAGGUGGCAGUGAUACUAUGUGCAAGUCCCCCUGGUGGUCACUUUGAAAUCCAGAGUCUUCAGACUUUAGGCAAAGAAACUGAAACUGACAUUCGAUUCUUGACCUCAGGGCACAAAAAGGAUUGGAAGAUGCGGGUCCUUUCAUUGCUGUAUCUGGGCUACAAGAAUCAAAGAGCAAAAGGGAUGUUUUCCUCUGAGAACUGGCAGCACACAGAAGGAAGGAAAUGCCUAUUCCAAUUCAAGCAUGUUUUAAUCUCUGCAGAAGAAGAAAAAGGAGUUUUUGAGUAAAUCUCCAAAGGCUGGCGGAG